GAACGAUAAUUAAAUACAAUUAUUAUAGGACGAUUAAUGUUUUUAUUAAAUAAUCCAAUAUGUCCCGAAAUCAAAAAGUAAAAAGAGAAAUUAAAGCUCUUCUUAUCGACAACAACGAGACUCUCCCGACUUUAUCCUCUGUAGAGGGUAAUAAUAUAGCUGAAAGACUUAAACAACGACGAAGAGGAAUGUCUACAAGUCAGACUGAGAUAAAACGGGUUGAAUUAGAGAAUCCUUUUUUGCCCAGAAAGUCUCGUAGAGGUGCUAAGCGCAAGAGGAAUGAGUUCAUAGAAAGGCUUGAAGAAAACGAACCUCAAAUUAUGCAAGAACUGGAAAUAGCUACUGAAGAAAAUAAUUCCGUGUGGGAACCUUGGGAUGAGAUAACCCCAACAAGACAUAUUAGGAAAUUGAAGGGUAACGUUGUAAGUGUCGUCAUAGAGCCCAAAGAUGUGGGCAAACCGUUCACAAGAGAAAAGAGACGACGGCUCCAAAGCUUUAAAGAGACGCGAGAGGAGAAAAAAGAGUUAGAUGCGGUGGCAAGUCUUCUCGCCAUGGCAAAUGGAAAAAAAGUUCUCCGAAUGAUGACACCUGAGCGUGCUUCGGAAAAUCUUACAGAUGAGGCUAGCUUGAGGACUCCCGAGCCCAUUUCGAAAGAUUUAGUUUCCCCCUUUAAUGUCGUUCCCAAGCUAAUAAAAAGGGGACCAAAGAAUGUAGACUAUGAGAUUGUCGAUCUCACAAUGCUUGAGGGAUCAAAUCAAUCUGUUCUAUGCGAACAAGACGCGUCAACUAGAUCCGAGAGAUCUUUUGAAGAUAAUGCAACUCAACAAAAAAGAAUCAGAGUAAAAAAAUUGUCGGCUGACAUGCCAAGUUCGCUCAAUGUCAAAGUAUUACCUUCUUUUACUGAAAUUAAAUACGCAAAAGAACUCCAAAAUCUUGAUCAUCACAUUACUAGGCAUUUCAAUAAAUGGGAGAUUGAGCUAAAUUCUAACAUAAAUGUCCUGCUUUACGGAUUUGGGUCGAAGGAGCACAUUCUGGAGACAUAUCAGGCCUUCGAUAAUAAAAAUGAGAAUGUCACUUGGAUUCAUUUUGACGGAAGCGGUGACUUAACAGACAUGAAUGAUGCCUAUUUAAUGUUGUUGGACAAGAUACUCGGCCCUGAUCAUAUUUUUAAAAAUCAUACUUUAAUCGGGAAAGCACUUGGCAUCCGCAAUUAUUAUGACGAUGUUGUUUCGAGGAUAAAAUUCAAAAUAAUAGUCCAUAAUAUAGAUGGUUACGUGUUUCAAAGUGUCGAUGCCAGAUAUGCGUUGAAUUUACUCGGUGAUAUUCCAAAUAUACACUUCCUCGCUACGAGUGAAAAUGUCAGUUCUUGCCUCGGAUGGUACGUUAAUGCAGAAGACAAAAUGAAUUGGCAUACUCACGAAGUAACAAAGCUUAGUAAUUACAAAUUUACGGUAACAAGCAAAGAGAAGGCUACAAAAGAUUAUCGAUUGAAGAGAAAAGAAUUAAAAUUGGUGUUAUCAUCAUGGAAUACAUACCGUCGUGGAAUGUUUGCCAUGUUGGCAGAUCACAUUGUUACAGCUACCAGAAGAAGUGAAGCAAAUGGGGAUAGUUUGGACUUUAACACGUUGUUCAAAUAUUGCUUGGAAAAUUCGAUAUGCAAUGAUGAGAAGACUUUCCGACGUUACUUGGAAGAUUUUUAUUUUCAUGGCAUAUUCAUGGCGAAAAGAGCCCCCUCUGGGGAAGUUAGGAUUACAAUUCCGAUGUCUUGGCAUGACCUCAAAGCUCUUUUGUUGGAUAAUGAUAUCUUUGGAGACAUUGGUUAACUGCUAUACAUCACAUAAUAUCCGCUAAAUAUUUUACAAAAAAUUAUGGUUUAUACAGUAUAUAAAAUGACUUUUCAAGAGAACAAUCAUUAGAUUCUAGUAUUCUUGAAAAUUUGGGGAUAACAAUAACUUGUAUACAAUAUAAUUCAAAAGUAUUAUAUGUAUAAUAAUAGUAUUAAUGUCAUGAGGUCCAGACUAAAUUUUAUAGAAACCUUGUGCUUGUAUAUAUAUUAAUAAGUAAA